AUUCUUAGUAGUUAUUUUCAACAAGUUAUUUAACGUUGAAAUUUUGUUAAACCUAAGGCAAUGUUCAUUUAAAUACACAUAAAAUAUUAAAUUCCUCUUUAAAUAUAAUUCUCAUUUUGUUUUGUAAAAUCCUAAUAUUACUAGGAGUAGACAUGACUAGUGACGUCAUUCCGGAUUGAGUAACAUCCAAUGAGAAGCCCCUGUCAACGGUCACGUGGGCAAAAUCAACCAAUCACAAAGCACACGGUCUUUGUGUACCUUUUCACAAAAUAAUAAAACAUUGUGGUGUUUUGUAUGGAGUGAGUGGUGUUAUAUCUGUCAUCUCAUUGACAGUAAAAACGUAAAUGUGUGAAAUUAGGGAUUAUACAAUUGGGCAAAAGGAUAUUUAUUUGAAUAAAUAUUCGGUAGGCUCUGACACGAUGGAUUUGUAUAUCACCGACUCACUCCAGGACAUGCUGGACAUGGAUAUCAAAUCUGAAAUGGCCACAGAUCUCAACAGCAUCACUGACUUCUCAGAUUCAUUAGGUUUAAACUUCUCCGAGCUGCCUCCAUUAUUAGAUAUGGACACUGAUAAUUCAGCUACGUGGCUGAAUCAUUCGUCAAAUUUUGUACAUAAUUUAGAUUUGUACGGUUCAGAAGCAAAUGCUGUGAUGGUAAAUCCUAAUUCGGUAAUGCCAACAACAUUUGCGGACACUCCUGUUAAAAAAAUAGUAAAAGAAGAGGCUUCAAAUUUAUUGCUUACUUCAACUAUUAACACUGAAAAUAACAGCACAUCAAUGCCAAGUCCAAAGGAAGAAAAAAGUCAUUUAACAUUUUCUCCCAACACAAUAAAAGUACCUAAGGUAGAGCCAGAAGAAACUUUUACUAAGAAGCCGCUAGAAGAAGCGACACAAAUGGUAAUAUACGUUCGGAAACAAGACCACGUUGUUAAAGACUUAAUUAAUGAACUGGAAACAAAAAGUCCAAAGUUGACGCCCACCGUCCGAAUAAAGGCAUCACAAGCGGAGGUUCUAAAAGUUAAUAGUAAAAACUGUUCAAUUUUGAGUACGAACCAGAAGGUCUCACAACACUUAGGUACUAAAACUAUAAUAUCCGGUAACAUACACAUACUGGAUGCACAGCAAUCAAGAACGAUAUUAGCAAAUAGUGCAAAGAAUCAAGCUACAAUAUUGAUUGACAAUUCGUUAAGUAACAAUAGGCAAAUAAUUAAGACGUCUGUAGGAGGAUCAUUCACAGUGGACAAUGGUCACUCAAAGUAUGUGCAUACUAAGACUGUGGGAGAGUUCCCGAAGCCGGCGUAUUCAUACUCGUGUCUAAUAGCAAUGGCGCUAAAAAACUCGAGGACAGGAAGCUUACCGGUUUCUGAAAUUUAUAACUUUAUGUGUCAACAUUUUCCAUACUUCAAAACGGCUCCAAAUGGCUGGAAAAACUCCGUUCGGCACAAUCUUAGUUUAAACAAAUGUUUCGAGAAAAUUGAAAAGCCCUCAACAAACGGUAGUCAAAGAAAGGGUUGCCUCUGGGCAAUGAAUCCAACGAAAGUGGGCAAAAUGGACGAGGAGGUCCAGAAAUGGUCACGGAAAGAUCCACAAGCUAUCAAGAAGGCCAUGGUAUAUCCAGAAAGCCUAGAAGCAUUAGAGCGCGGUGAAAUGAAAUACAGCAGCUUGAACGGCGAAGCGGAAGCGGAUGAAGUGGACGACGUGGACCCCGACGGAGAGAUCGACGCCGACGGCGACCUGGACUGCGACAUCAAGGAGGAGGUCGACGACGCAUCCAUCGUGGAACAGGAGGUGUCAGAUCAAGAACUAGAAGUGGAAGAGGUGGUGGAGGGGACAGGCAUGGUGGGCGGUACUUACCGGCUGCUGGCCACCGGGCCGUCGUCGCUCACCUCAUACAUCGCAGACGUGGACUCCGGGGAUGAAAUCAGUGAUAUAGAGGUUCUCGACCAUUCGUAUGAAGAAGUGGACGUUGACUUAUCAAAAUCAGUGAAAUUGGAUGUUUCAUUAUCAGAGGACUAUGAGAUUCCAGCCAAGAGAGCAAAAACAAACUACAUUUAUCAGCCAGUGUCAACUCAGUCACACACAAGUCGACGAAAAACACCACUUGUCAAUCGAGUAGCACUGAUGUAAGAAUGAAAUCUGCUGAAGUGCAUCGCAAUCUUGUGACCCCAGUGAUAGCGUCGGCGUCGCUCUCGUUGAAAAUUCAUCAAUUGUGUAAGUGAUCAGUGAUUUUAUAAACUUAAAAAAUUCAAAAGUCUGUACCAGAUAAGUGUAUUUACUUUUUUUACAAACUGACACUUGUUACAUAUCUAUCACUGUAAAUAGUGUUUAUUUUAGUUCGGGUUGGUAGACAUUCCUUGAUUAGGGAAUGUUGAAUUGACUUCUAAAACGAAGUUUCUUGUGAUUUGAACAUGUUUCUAAUUAAUUUUUAAUAAAAAUCAAGCUUAUGAACUAGGCACGUAAAGUUAUAAGUUUUAAGUAUCAAUUUCCACCUAGUUUGAUUUAUUAAGUAGAUAAAUUAGAUUUAAGAUCAUCUUGUCAGUACAAAAAUAUGUUGUUUCUGAACCGCAUUUUUGUGUAAUUAAAAGUAUGUAGGUAUAUAUAAGCUGUAAUGAGUCGAAAAUAUCAUGACUUCUCAAUUGGUUUUAUAAAUUGGGAACAUUGAUAUUUUCGUAAGCAUGGGACUUUGUGUUUUCGUUGGUUGACAUAAAAAUCCGAUUCAGUUACAUCAGUCAGAGCGGGUAUAUUAGGUAAAUGUCCCACCGCUGAUUAGACACUUGUUUAUUCUUAGUAAUUAAAUGUUUAGCUAUGGAGAAAAAAUGGGCCGCUCUACUUUAAUCUCUAAUAUCUAACAAUUCGUUAUAUUCUGAAGUUAUCAUAAGUUUAGUGUAUUAAUUACGAUUUUUACCGUUUAAACUGAUAGAAACGUACCUUACUCCAUAUAUAGCGAAGUUAUUGAUAUUUAAUGAUAAACUAGGCACAUUCAAUUUUAUACCCGGUAUAAUUUUUAGAAGGAAGUGAUUGCGGCGACUGAGCGAUUAUUUAGGUAUUUCGUUACUUUAAUCACAAACCUACUGUAAUAUCAUUCAUCAGAAAGAUUAAUUGUCUAAUAUUGUUUGUGUUUAUGACUAUCUCGAAUAAAUUAGUUAUUGAUUCUUUUCGAUUGCAAUAUCCUUUCAUAUUGAAAGUAUGUUUCAAUUGACAGAAAAAAGUGAAUAACAUUUGAGAAUAUAAUUGUAUGUUAGUGAAGAUUGCUAAUUAGAGGCAUUGUAAGUUCUUAAUUGAUUCUGUCGACAAAUAGAUAGAUUAGGUUGUGAUAGUAGAUCUCUUCAACAUUUCUUUGUUACUAAAACUGGAAAUACAUUGAAAAUUGUAUAAGAAUGGAAUGUAAUAAAAAAUAUUGGCCACAUGUAGGUAGUUUAGAAUGUGUAGUUAAAAGUGUAUCCUGAAAGAGAAACAAGCAAAUAUGUGAAUAAUGAUUUAAGCACAGAAUGCCAAUAUACAUUUUAGAUGAUUAAUCGCAAUAAUAAUUGAAAGCUACUGUAAUUACAUAGAAAUACUGUUUUAGGAAUGGUUAUUUGUUAUUAAUCGUUUAAAUGAAACUGUGAUAUCAGAUAAAAUUGCUGCCUGUACAUAUAUUUGCUUGAUUACUCUAUUUAAUACCUUGGAACAGAAUAUAAGUGUAAGCCUCACUUAUUGACGUGUUUUGUGCUUGUGAACUUUAUGGUAUCGCGAAUUUGUAAAUGUAUUCUAAAUAUAAUAAGGGUUUUACUUAAUGACAGUGUUAUUAAUUCUUAGGAUUUGGACCAUAGUUUUGAGCACUGUUAUAAUUUAGUGUCAAAUAAAAUACACCUUAAUUCACCAAGAACCAAUAAGUCUAUAAAUACACUUAUAGAAGUUUGAACUCGGUCGGUAGGAAAAAAUAUUUUUAAGUUUAGUAUUAUACAUAUUCUUAAAUUUAGGUCGUCUUCUCUUUAACUGACUAGAGUAGCGAAUUAAUUUAGGUGCUUGCGACGUAUACUAAUGCGAGAUAUACAUUUGUGCAAUCAUAUAGUACGAUUACCUACGUCAGUCGUUACUAUUUGCCCUUUUAAUCAUAACACCAAUGAAAUCUGCCUCAUUUUGUAUAAAUUGAAAUUUCAUUCAAGAAUAAAAUCUCAAUAUAAGUGAAUUAUUAUUGAUAUUCACUUUUAAAUCUGGUAGCUAUGUAAUCAUCUGCUUCCUAUUUGUGAUUCUAAAUAUGGAGCAUAGUUUAAAAUAAAUAAAUCUUACACCUAAAUAAUAACUAAUUAUGUAUUUUUCCACUGCCAGUAUUUCAACAUCCAUGUAAAUGUAGGAGAGUAAAUUGGUAAAAGUAGAAUUAGUUCUGUUUUAUUAGUAUUGUAAUAAUUAAGUCAAUAUAAGUUAAAUAUGAUUUUUGUAAUAACAUUUUUGUAAUAAAAAUCAAAUUAAUUCAA